AGAGAAUAUGUCGUAUUUGAGAAAUUUAGCUAUGGCCGCCGAUUUAUUAGCAGCCACAGAAGUGGGAUAAUUACUGUUCCAAAUAUUUUGACCGCAUUACGAAUUGCUGCAACCCCUGUUAUAGUUUCCUUAAUCAUCAGACAAGACCUCCUUUUAGCUGCUGGACUGACCGUGUUGGCAGGAAUAUCCGAUGUUGCUGAUGGUUAUAUUGCACGCCGCUUUCCGUCUCAAAAGUCGGUUUUGGGUUCUUACCUAGACCCUGUUGCUGAUAAACUUUUUGUUUCGUUGCUUGGUGCAUCAUUAGCAUAUACUGGCCUAUUUCCAGGUUCUAUUUGUACUGUUAACAUUUGUUUAGUGAGCUUAUUCGCGUUGUUCCUCACACGAGACGUACUUCUGUUGGCCGGUGCAUCGUACGUGCGCUUUAUUUCUUUGCGACCACCGAGAAGCCUGGGUUCUGUGGUUUACCCCAAAGAACCGGUGAUCGAAAUGAAGCCUACCGCCUGUAGCAAGCUGAACACGGCCGUCCAAAUUACAACCGUGCUAAGUAGUUUAAUGGCACCUACCCUGGACCUGUCAAACUGUACCGCAAUUCAAGCAAUGUGGCUUCUGGCUGCCUGUACUACAAUGUACUCUGGUGCGGACUACGCUCGACGCUUCUCGGCUGUCUACAAUGAGGCACUCAGAAUGUCUUCUUCUAAGCUUUAG